AUGGAUUCACUAACACACCAUAUUCAAGGUGAGGUGCCAUGGUUUAUGUUAUUCGCUGACGACAUAGUUUUAAUUGAUGAGACGCGAGGCGGGGUUAAGAGGCUAGAGGUUUGGAGACAGGCCCUUGAGUCUAAGGGUUUCAGGCUGAGCAGGACUAAGAUAGAGUACCUGGAGUGCAACUUCAGUGCUGAGCCAAGGGAAGCGUACAUGAACGUGAAGCUUGAAUCACAGUUCAUCCCCAGUAAAGGCAGUUUCAACUACCGUGGGUCAGUUAUCCAGGGGUAUAGGGAGAUCAACGAGUAUGUCACAAACCGUAUUAGGGUGGGGUGGAUGAAGUGGAG